GAGAGGGAGGGAGAGAACGAGACGCGAGGACUGCGAGGAGGUCCUCGUCGCGCGAGAGCCGUUGCUUUUUUUGGUCGAGCGUCGCCGACAUGAGCCAGACGAGCCGCGGGCGAGCGAGUCGCGUCACCAGUCGCGCGAACGGCUGCCGCCCCGUCAGCUGAUCGUUCAUCGCACAACGAAAUGUGAGGUAGCGAGCGUUACCUCUACACCUAUCUCUACCUAUCUACCUGUCUACUUACCUUAUAACUAUACCUAAACGUCAAGCCAGAGGACGUCGUGCUUGCUGCCGCGCGCAUCGCGGUUCCGAUUUACGCCCGGCCCGCGGUCCCCCCGCCCUCCUCCCGCGUGCGAACUGUGAGACUAACAGCGUGACCGCGCGCGCGAAGUGCGGGAAGCGGGGAGCACACUGGCAACCGGUUAGAGUUUACAUGGGAACAUGGGGAACAAGAAUAGCUGUUGCGUCUACUCCAGUCCGCAGGUCGGGCGCAAAGAAGGCGGAGCGAAGAUACGGCCCGAGUGCAACUCGCGCCUGGGCCCGGGCCUGGAGGAGCACCUGCCGGAGGGUGGGAUUAGCGUAAAUAAUUUGCAACAUAUCAGUGAACGCGAGCCGGAGGACUGGGACUCCGAUCCGUCGUUGCACCCGUGCGCGGGAACUAUCUUCAUGGAGCGUUCCAAGAAGUCUAUCGAGAAUGGCAUGGUGAGGAAGAAGAGUCAACAUCAAAUAGCGGACACAAGGCCUUUGAAGAAGAGUAGCAGCUGCAGUACAAUAUAUUUAGACGACAGCACGGUUUCACAACCUAACUUGAAAAAUACCGUCAAAUGCGUUGCCUUAGCCGUUUAUUACCAUAUUAAGAAUAGAACGUCGCAGCGACAGAUCGAUAUAUUUGAUGAGAAACUGCAUCCAUUAACGAGGGACGGUGUUUCGGAGGAUUAUGACAAGCAUAAUCCGGAGCAUAAGCAAAUAUAUAAAUUUAUAAGGACUCUGUUUAAUGCCGCUCAGCUCACUGCUGAAUGUGCCAUCAUAACGUUGGUUUAUCUCGAACGCCUACUUACUUACGCGGAGAUAGACAUAACACCGGCUAACUGGAAACGUAUAGUGCUGGGAGCUAUUUUAUUGGCGUCCAAAGUUUGGGAUGAUCAGGCGGUGUGGAACGUGGAUUACUGCCAAAUCCUGAAAGACAUCACCGUGGAGGAUAUGAACGAAUUAGAGAGGCAAUUUCUGGAGAUGCUGCAAUUCAACAUAAAUGUUCCUUCGAGUGUAUAUGCCAAAUAUUACUUCGAUCUUCGUACACUUGCGGAAGCGAACGAAUUAACAUUCCUUAGCGAGCCACUUAGCAAGGAGAAGGCGCAGAAGCUAGAAGCUAUGUCCAGAGUUUACGAAGAUAAGGUCACAGCCGAGGCUCUACGUACCGGUAUUAAAAAGUGGUCCAGCUUAGACAAUGUAUGCAUAGGCGGACCUAGACGUAGCAUUGCUAUUUUAUCUUAAACAUAUGCACGGAUGUAAAAACGGAUCUAAACGCAGAGACGCAAACGUUACUGCUCAGAUUUUAAAUAAAGGUACGUGAAACUUUGUAAAGACAUUGUUACCGAUCAAUUUUAAUGAUUUUUGAAAGAGAUCGUUUGGAUUAUACCAAACAUUUGUGUUACAUCUUUGUUUAAUUAUUGUGGAAUAUUUGAUGUAUUAUAUACAUCUCUUGGCAAACUGUUUUUAUAUAUUGUCUAAACUAGAUGUAAAAAUAUCGCAUAUAUACCGUAAUGUACGACUAAGUUGUAUCAUAUUUCCGUCGCAAGUAUGGUUUGCAAUAACAAUCUUAAAUCUAACAAUUAUAUAUGUACUCUAAAAUGUAGACGUUUCUCAAUUUAUUAUAAUUUCCAACCUUAAAUCUAACCGUUAUAUGUGUACUCUAAAAUUUAGACGUUUCUCAAUUUAUUAUAAUUUCCAAUGCGUUAUUCUAGUUGUCUUCAUUAAAGAAUCGUGAGGUGAUCCGAUAGAGAAAAAUUUCAGAUUGGUCUUCUUUCUAGAUACAAUUCCCAUUUCCAAAUUCUAGAUUCACUUUGAUUAACCGUGUUAUACCGCUAAUUACGGAAAACUAUAAAUAUUAAUCUUAUUUGGCAAUAAAUGUCAAUAUAUUUCUGUUGAUUGUGCAAAGAUUCUACUGUCUGGGACCUUAAAAUGUGGAUAUAACAAAGCAUACGAGAAUGUGAGGCGUACUGACGAAACAAAGGGUGAGAAAGAAAAUGUUUUAGUCGUAGCAUUAUCUGUACUGUCCUUAUGGGAGAAAAUAACUUGUGAUAUAUAUUAGUCAACUGUUCAUUAUCCAAAGCAUUUUAUAUAUUGACUGAAUUUAAUAAGAAUCAAACUUACGGCUGAUUUACUAAUAACAUUCUAAAAAGCGAAAAUGUAUACAGCACGCUUCAAAUUAAAGAUCAUUGAUAUUUGUUAAUAAACGCUACGUAAUUUAUCAAGAUAAUCCAAUUAGAAAUUUGUAAGCCAAAGUUGUAAUGCAUGUCACUUGAUAUGUCCAAAUUAUUUUUUAAGUAUAUUAAUAUAUUUCUUUGAUUUGCCUAACUUCUCACUGUCGUGUACAUCGAAAGUUUAUUAUAUGAGAGAGAAAUUAUCAUGGAUUUAGAAAAUGAAUUAUAUACGUUUUUUUAAUAUAUAAUAUUCCUAUGUACUUUCUUUUGAUAUGUUUCUGUAAGUACACACGUUUAUUUGUUUUCAUUAUUUUGAUUUAGAAUUAUUGCUAUUAUUAUUAGAGUUUCCUUUAAUGACAAAUGUACAGCAUAACAAUUUAUUUAAAAAAGUUUUUGACACUUAAUUCGAUAUAUCGGAUUUGAUAAAUGAUUUAUGUAUAUUGAAUAAUGGUACAUAGUGAGAACACCAUUUACAAUAAGUAUAUUAUAACGUAAAUAUUAGCAAAUCAGCCUUUGUAGCUUAUUAAGAAUGAAGGGCACGAUUAAAUUAGUCUGAAUAAUUGCUUUUAUAUGGCGCUACUUCCAUGGAUUUAUAAUUUUAGAUAAUGCGCGCGAUAAGGAUAAGCCAUGAUAUCAGGGUUGCAUCUUUUUUCUCUUAUAAGAUUACUCAGUCUUGCAAGGUUAUUCACAUUAUUAAUGAUGGAACUUCACUUAUAAUUAAUUUAUUUUAACAGGAUUAUUGAAGUUAACACAAUGUCAAGUCCACAUUUGUUUGUUCUUUUCAUUAUGUAAUACGUAUUACUUUUAGAUGCUUUACAGAGAUGUGUCGAAUAUUCAUCAGCCUUUAAUAUAAUAGGAAAUUAUGAAGUGAUCACAUUUUUAUGGCCAUAAAAUUUCUAUAAAUACUACUAUAAAAUAUUUAAAUCGGACAGCUAUGUAAAGUAUAUGCGUUUCGUAUAGCAUGCAAUUAAAUCUUCCAAAGAUCAUCGAGGAACACGCUCACUAAAAAAAAAAAGAAAAAAGAACUUAGAGGUUGUAUCAUAUUCACAUUUUACUGUAUAACAAGGUCAAAUUGAAAUACCAUUAAUAUAACGUGUACCAUAUAUAUUACUAAUUGACUUAUAUAUGAUAUAAUUUAAUAUUUUGUACCUACCAAUUAGAACUUAAAAAUAUAAGAUAGUCUUAUUGUAUGACUGGUUGUACGUCUAUAAGAAUUAAAGAGUGUAAUCUGAAGUUCCAUUGGAUUUUCAGAAUGCCCGUUACGGAGGAAGAGUAAUUGCGAUUUAUUAUUAUUUUUAUAUUUUAUUACACGAAAGUCAGAGUAUUGUAACGGUCGAAUUUAUAAUAUAGAGCGGCUGCAAAGCCCGAUGUAUGCGAGAGGAAACGAAACGAACUACGUACGUUCUCAGCUUUUAAUGCAUUUGUAUAGUAUAUACCGGAUGAUAAGAGCAUGAUGUAACGUAUUUGCAAUUUCUGUCCAUAUUGCAAUUUUUUAUUUCGCCUGUCCGAUAAAUAAAAAUAUAUUUUUACUGCAUUACUAUAUCAUAGGUAACUACAUACAUACGUGCUAUGUAUGCUGCGAAAGUGUUUAUACAACUUUACAGAGCAAUUAAUACACCGUGCGAUGCCAAAAUGUUGUUAAAAUUAUAUUGUAUAGACUAUUGCACACACACACAUACACACACACAGGAAGAAUGUGUACUGCACUGCGAUUUCCAGUUCGUUUUUAUCUCUGUUCUAAUUUUCUGAUAAAAACUAGAUCUUUAUAGAUUUUCACGCGCAUGACUAUUUUUAUAAAUAGAUAUUCAUUAUAAAGACAAUCUUCGAGUCUUAUUGCGUCCUGUAAAUAAAUUGCCGAAUUCGUGUAAGAUUCGUAAACGUGUGUAUCAUAAAUCGUACCACUUUGUUAGUAGUUACCCGAGCACUAAAAAAAAAACCGCUUGAAGGUGAUAUUUCAUAGGGUCGCCUUUAAGUCUUCCAUCCUCUAGCGUCUGUAUAGAGUCCUACAAUACUUCAACUCCAUGUAAUAAGUAUUAUGUUUAACAUAUUAUGAGACCGAUGCUUUUACGAUACGAAUUUGUGAUAAAUAGAUAUACCAAUACAUUAUAAUAUCGUUUUGUACAUAUAUAUAUAUAGAUAUAUAAAUAUCUGCAUAAAACACGCCUGUAUCUAUUUUCAUUGUAAAUUUUAUUGUCCGAUUACAAAGGCAGAUAUUAUAAGGCUAUGAAAUUUAUACUCUGUCACAUCUUUCACGUUUACUAAAAAAAAAAAAAAAAAAAAAGGAAAGAACAGAUAACUAGGAGUCUCUCUUCUCCCUACAUUUUGCCCGAUAUUAAAAGAAUGGAUGCUUCCGCUUAAACACAUACCGCUUUCAUAUGAUUAUCGCGUACGAAGUAGCAAUAUUCCUUGGGAAUGUAAAGCACAAGUCGUUCGCGUUUUCAGCACUCCUUUUUAACACUACAUCUUAUCCGAAGAAUCGCGAUUGGAAGCAUAGAAAGCGGUAUGUGCGUGCGUACGUAUGACAGUAAGAUGUAUAAAACGUGUGCUUCUUUUUUCGCAAAGAAAUUAUUAUUGAUAACGAUUAUACACAGAAAUACAAUUACGUGUUAUUCGACUAUGUAUACAAUGGUUGUAUCGAAACGAUGAUUGUAUACACAAGCGAAGUCAUUCUCAUCUUUCCGAAAAGCGCCAAAUUUCUAAAAAAAAAGAACGCAACUUUUUACAAAAAUAAAUUGUGCCUGAAAUAAUUUA